AUGAGGAAGAGGAUCGUGCUCAGCAAUACGAAUGCGUUGGAGGUAGAGCUGGAGGAUUUAGGCUUGGAAAAUGUUGGAAGUGAGAAAUUGCUGACAAAGGUUGUGGGAUUAAGUGGAAGUACGGUGGAUAGUUUGAGGGCGAGUGAAGCAUUUAAGGUUACACAGGGAUGGAAUUUAUUCAGGAGGCCUGCGUUGUUGGUUAGAGAGGAGAGUUUGAUGUGUGUAAAGCUGUUAGAGGAGGCGGAAGCGGAAAAGAAGACAGAAAAGUUGGUGGUUGAUGGGGGGAGGGUAUCAGGGAAGAGUCUGAUGCUUUUACAUGCUAUGGCUUCAGCUUUUGUCAAGGGCUGGAUUGUCUUGCAUAUCGCCGACACCCAAGAACUUGUCAACGCUUGCACCGAAUAUGCUCCCAUACCAGAUAAAACACCAACUCUCUUUUCUCAAAACGCAUACACUGCAGCGUGGCUAGAACGUAUUGGCAAAGCCAACGAAGCAAUUCUUGAUAAACUCUCAUUAUCUCAAAAGCAUAGCCUUCCUAUUCCUGUUCAAGAGAAUAUAUCACUACUACGACUUUGCGAGCUUGGAGCUCGCGAGCCUGAUUACUCCUGGCCGAUUUUCCAAGCAUUCUGGACAGAAAUUACAGCCGCAGGCCGACCUCCAGUGCUCAUGUCUUUGGAUGGACUUCAAUGGAUCAUGCAGAACAGUCUUUACCGAAACGCAGAUUUUGAAUUGAUUCAUGCUCAUGAUCUAGCUGUUAUCAACCAUUUUGUGCAAUAUCUUUCAGGCGAGAAAUCCCUACCUAACGGAGGUGCUGUACUUGCAGCCACAUCGCGUAGUCACGCACCAAUAUCCCGAUCCAUGGAUCUAGCCAUCGUGCAACAAAUGGACCGACAAUCAGAACAAGAACUCACAGAACGCGAUCCCUUUGAGAAGAAAUACGACGAGAGAGCAGAUAAAGCAUUACAGAAAAUUCAAGUCAUGUGGUUAAAUGGAUUAAGCAAGAGGGAAUCAAGAUGUAUCAUGGAAUACUGGGCGCAGAGUGGUGUAUUGAGACAGAGAGUUGAUGAGAAGACGGUGACGGAAAAAUGGGCCCUGGCUGGAAAUGGAAUUGUAGGAGAAUUAGAGCGUGGUGCUUUGAAGAUGAGAAUGUAG